AUGGAGGGGUACAGUAACAGCUACCAGAAUGGGCAUCAGAUCCAGCACUACACGAACCAGCUGGCCAAGGACACGAGCAAGCAGUUGAAGGACCUGAACGAGUUCCCCACGGAUACAGCAGUUGAUCCCAGACAAUGGAAACUGCAACGAGAGAAAUUCACGUCAGACUUCACGCGCGCCCUGGAUACUUUUCAACGCGCGCAAAGACAGGCCGCGCAGAAAGAAAAGGAUGUUAUAAGGAAAUACAAGAAUCAGUCUGGGUUUGGUGUUCAGGAUCAGAACCUUAUAGAUAUAGAAGGAGGAGCUUCACAGACUAGAACUCAGGUUAUGUUAGAAGAAGAACAGAAUGUUGAAAUGUUGCAGGAGAGAGAGCGAGCAGUACGUCAACUGGAGGCUGAUAUCGGAGAUGUGAAUCAGAUAUUUAAAGACUUAGCCGCCAUGGUUCAUGAUCAGGGUGAGCUGGUUGAUUCUAUAGAAGCAAACGUUGAGUCGUCUUCAGUUCGGGUAGAGGAGGGAACACAGCAGUUACUUCAGGCAGAGAGAUAUCAGAACAAGGCGCGGAGAAAGAAAAUGAUCCUGGCUCUGAUAGGAAUAAUUAUUCUCAUCAUUCUUAUCAUUAUUAUUGCCUACUCAGCUAAAAACUAGUCAGAAAACAGUUUUACAAUAGUUAGUGAAAAAUUAUAUAGUUGUAAAAUGUAUAUCCAAAUAUUUGUCCUGUUAUCCAACAAUUUUGUCAUAAUUUCCUAGACGUCAAAAAAAUAUUGUUUUUGAGAG